AUGCCAGGUGAAAUGGACAGUUGGCUCUGCAAUAAAAGGUUUAGUGAAAGCACUCAAACGAGAACAAAUCUGGAUAUCCGAAAUGAGACUAACUUUCCUAGUUCUUGUGCAUUAUUCAUGCCUUAUUUGCCUAAAACUCAACAUUGCGCAAAGUUUUUAUGUGUACUUUGUAUAUUCUUGCUUUUGGGUACAAAAAAAGAUAUUCUGUUCACUAAUCAUCCACUUAAGGUGACAUUUGAAGAUGGAAUGGCAAAUUUUUUUGAAAUAUUUUAUCCUUUGUAG